UGCUUUGGCCGGUUGCGACGAUGGAUCUGGGGACGGAGAAUCGCCUUGCGGCGUUGCUCCUGGAGGAGGCCCGGAGGCUGCGGGCGGAGGCGGAGAAGGAAGGGGUGCACGCCUACCUGCAGAAGCCUAACGUCAGGCACCGUCCCAAUUCGCGGUUCCUCACCGCCACCGUUCUGGGUGUUCAGCAAGCGAAUCGAGUUGUGGAGGUUAAUGAGAUGUGGCGUGCCAGGGGGAAGGAACUGGAGCUGGAAUCAAAGAUGGAAACCCGAACCAGUGGCGGCGUUGACUCGAGAUCGCAGAAACGAAAGAGCUCGAGGGACCAAAGUUUCAGCUCUAAGAAUGAGCAAGGCAGACCAUAUGCUACAUCUUGUCUGUCGAGGGAUUCACGCAGAAGUUCUUAUUCGGACCGGGAGGACAGUUCUUGUUUGGACCGGGAGGAUGGCCUAGGCGACGAUGAAAUUGAAGAUUUUCUUCGCUCAAGGGUGAAGCGCGGACGAGGAGCUAUUGGUUCUAGGAUGGAUGAGCCUGGUCCAUACCUCACAGCUCCAUCAUCUAGGCAAGACGAGUUAGCAAGUCCAGAUGCGCGAGUGAAAGAAGAACUGAAACACAGAGUUUAUGGUCCAGAGAAGCCAUUGUUUUUAAGAUCUAAAUCCUCAGAUGAGGAGCCAUCCACCUCCAAGAGGAAGCACAGAGAAAAAAAGAACAAUAGCAAUACCCGAGAGAGAAAGGAGGAGAAGAGGAGACAUAAGCAUCACCAUCAUAAGCAUAGAAGUCAUAGCUGAGAGACAUAAGAGUGUUAUCGAGCAAACAUGUAACCUGCAAUGUGGCUGAUUUGUGAUAUGUUGUAUUGUCGUUACUUGUUCACUUGAAUGAAACUCUUGUCUGGAAACAUGACACAGUGAAGUAAAUAAAAGGUAUCUUUUCGCGUUCAAA